GAUACGACACCAGUGUUUGAAGAGGAGUCAAAACCUAUUUACUGUCAAAACUGUCAAAGCAUUUCUUUCUGUGCGUUUACUCAGCGGUCGUUGUUGGUAGUGUGUUCCAAAUACUGGCGGGUUUUUGAUGCUGGAGAUUAUUCCCUCUUAUGUUCGGUCCCUAGUGAAAAUGAUCAGACCUGGACCGGUGGCGACUUUGUGUCAGCUGACAAAGUGAUUGUGUGGACGGAAGAUGGACAAAGUUUCAUAUAUAAAUUGCCAGCCAGCUGUCUACCAGCUAGUGAUUCAUUUCGCAGAGAUGUGGGGAAAGCAGUAGAAAAUUUAAUUCCGCCUUUAUUGUACAGUGUGUUGGACAGAGCAGAUAAACAGCUGCUAAUAUGUCCUCCAGUUACUCGAUUCUUCUAUGGACAUAGGGAGUUUUCCUAUAAACUGUUAAUCCAAGGAGACUCUUCGGGGAGACUGUGUAUUUGGAGCGUGCCUGAUACUCUAGAGCAACAAGGUAGUGCAAAAGGACUGCAAACAACAACUUCAGUAUCCCUCCAGGAAGCUUUUGAUAAACUUACUCCUCGCCCUGCUGGGAUUAUAGACCAACUGAGCCUAAUACCAAACCUCAACGAACCCCUUAAAGUUACAGCCAGCGUAUAUAUUCCAGCACACGGGCGUUUGGUCUGUGGCCGUGAAGACGGAAGCAUUGUUAUUGUGCCAGCAACACAAACAGCUAUAGUUCAGCUGCUGCAAGGAGAGCAUAUGCUAAGGAGAGGCUGGCCACCUCACCGGACUCUCCGAGGCCAUCGAAACAAAAUUACAUGUUUACUGUAUCCUCAUCAGGUUUCUUCUCGUUAUGAUCAAAGGUAUUUGAUCUCAGGUGGUGUGGAUUUCUCAGUCAUCAUAUGGGAUAUAUUUUCUGGAGAGAUGAAACAUAUCUUCUGUGUACAUGGUGGAGAAAUUACACAGCUUCUAGUUCCACCAGAAAACUGUAGUGCAAGAGUCCAGCACUGUAUUUGCUCUGUAGCCAGUGAUCACUCAGUAGGUCUUCUGAGUCUGCGGGAGAAAAAAUGCAUCAUGCUGGCCUCCCGUCACCUUUUCCCUAUUCAAGUAAUAAAAUGGAGGCCUUCCGACGACUAUCUGGUGGUAGGAUGUUCAGAUGGGUCUGUGUACGUCUGGCAAAUGGAUACUGGUGCGCUGGACAGGUGUGUGAUGGGAAUAACGGCAGUGGAAAUCCUGAACGCCUGCGAUGAGGCAGUCCCAGCAGCUGUGGAUUCCCUAAGCCACCCCGCCGUCAACCUGAAGCAGGCCAUGACUAGGCGUAGCUUGGCUGCUCUGAAGAACGUGGCGCAUCAGAAACUACAGACUCUUGCCACUAACUUACUCGCUUCCGAAGCAUCUGACAAGGGGAAUUUACCUAAAUAUUCCCAUAACUCCCUGAUGGUUCAAGCUAUAAAGACAAACUUAACAGAUCCAGAUAUCCACGUGCUCUUCUUCGACGUAGAAGCCCUGAUCAUUCAGCUGCUGACCGAGGAGGCCUCCAGACCCAACACUGCGCUCGUUUCUCCGGAGAACCUACAGAAAGCCUCUGGCGGCUCUGACAAAGGAGGCUCCUUUCUGACUGGUAAACGAGCAGCCGUCCUCUUCCAGCAGGUCAAGGAAACAAUCAAAGAGAAUAUAAAAGAGCAUCUUCUUGAUGAUGAAGAUGAGGAUGAAGAAUCGAUAAGACAGAGAAGAGAAGACGGCGACCCAGAAUAUCGCUCUAGCAAAUCUAAGCCAUUAACUUUGUUAGAAUAUAAUCUAACCAUGGAUACAGCAAAGCUUUUUAUGUCCUGUCUUCAUGCCUGGGGCCUGAAUUCUGUUCUAGAUGAGCUUUGCCUUGAUCGUCUUGGGAUGCUUAAGCCCCACUGUUCAGUGUCCUUUGGGCUCCUGUCCAGGGGAGGCCACAUGUCCCUGAUGCUCCCUGGCUAUAAUCAGCCCGUCAGCAAGCUGUCCUAUGAUAGUGUGGAGUUGGGAAGGAAGAUGUCCAUUACCGAAGGCUUGGGAAAGGGGACGUACGGAGUAUCGCGUGCCGUCACCACUCAGCAUCUCCUGUCUGUUAUCUCGCUGGCCAACACGCUGAUGAGUAUGACCAACGCCACUUUUAUUGGAGACCACAUGAAGAAAGGUCCGACCAGGCCACCUAGGCCGGGCACCCCUGAGAUGUCAAAAGCGAAGGCACCUCCUUCGAUUUCAAGCCAUGCAGCCCAAGGACAAAUUAAGCAAGUUGCUCCUGCUGUUUCUUCUAGCACUGAAGCUGGUCACUCUGGCUCUGACACUGCUCCUACUUUACAUACCUGUUUCUUAGUCAAUGAAGGCUGGAGCCAGCUGGCUGCUAUGCACUGUGUAAUGCUCCCCGACCUGCUGGGACUGGACAAAUUCAGACCUCCUCUUCUGGAGAUGCUGGCUCGCAGGUGGCAGGAUCGAUGCUUGGAGGUAAGAGAAGCUGCCCAGGCCUUAUUGCUAGCAGAACUGCGAAGAAUCGAGCAGGCAGGUCGGAAAGAAACCAUUGAUGCGUGGGCUCCUUAUUUACCGCAGUACAUUGACAGCGUUAUAUCACCUGGAGUAACCACGGAAGCCAUUCAAACCGGUAGUGCAAGCCCAGAUUCAUUGGGAACAGAAGCGAAAGUCCAGGAAGAAGAGCAUGAUCUGGUUGAUGAUGACAUCACGGCAGGGAACAUAAUUCAUGUGAAAAGACGGGGAUUUUCAACAAAGCUGCGUGUAUUUGUAAAGAUACGGGCGUCUGCCAGUCAGGCAGAUGUCGCCCAGCAAACGCCAUUAAGAGCCCUGCUCUCUGCGAGGGGUUAUGGGCUUGACAUCUGCCUGAAUGGCAUCUGUCGGCGUCGGGAGAGUGCGACGUGGUCGUUAAGGAG